CUUGCUUUGUGGACAUCCACGUCAACGCAGGGGACGAGGAGGUCGUCUGAUGGUCCUCCCACAGAGCUGUCGAGCCGGAGUUCGACAGCUGGCGGUCAGGCUAACGUCCUGCACGAAAUAUCCAUCCCUUCUUCCUGUCAAUUCGCUCGUCGCGAGGAGUCUGGCAAGGCAGAGAUCCUUCGCAACGUGCAGAACAGUUGCAGCGAGAUCCUCACCCCUGCUUUACUACCCUAGGCGGUCGAACAAGUCAUCAAACGACUCCGGGGAGCAAGACGGCCUCGAGGAAGAGACUCCAAAGAAUCAGAACACCAAAGACCGUGUCAAGUUGGAAAGCUCGGAAGAUGAAAGUCCAGCUGGCUCCUCCGCGCCUUCUUCCCCACCUUCGUCCUCUUCUUCGGGUGGCGAUGGAAGCGAUAACUCGGAACCCCCGCCACCUACCGCGUACCGCACGCCCACCCCCAGUUCUAUAGCAAAGCAGUCCGUACCAGAGGUGUACCCGCAAGUCCUCGCCUUGCCAAUAGCGAGACGCCCCCUUUUCCCUGGCUUUUACAAAGCGGUCGUCGUUCGAAAUCCAGCCGUCGUUGCUGCCAUCAAAGAAAUGAUGAAACGCGGUCAACCCUACCUCGGUGCAUUCCUCCUCAAAGACGAGAACACGGACAGCGAUGUCAUUACGGACAUCAACUCAGUGCAUCCAGUCGGCGUAUUCGCACAGAUUACAAGUAUAUUCGCAGCAAAUACAGGUUCCGCUGAAGACAAGGACGAAGGGUUGACCGCCGUCUUGUACCCGCAUAGGCGGAUCAAGAUGACGGAACUCAUUAAGGCUGGUGAUCAACCCUCCACGGCUCAAGUCGCACCAGAGGACACACAAACACUGACGCCUCCUCCAUCGCCGGGGCCGGAAAUUUUAGAGGAUGCCGUGGCUAAGAUGCCGCCAGGACCAGUGCAAACUUCUUUUCUACAUAAGCAUGCUAUCUCAAUCGUACAAGUAGAAAACCUGGUCACGCAGCCCUACAACAAAGACGACCAGUACAUCCGUGCCUUCAUGUCCGAGAUCGUAUCCGUCUUCAAAGAUAUCGCUCAGCUAAAUCCUCUGUUCCGCGACCAGAUUACCAAUUUCUCGAUUAACCAAGUCUCAUCUAAUGUCUUUGACGAGCCUGACAAGCUUGCCGAUUUCGCUGCUGCCGUAUCUAGUGGUGAGGUUGGCGAGCUGCAGGAUGUACUAGAGAGUCUGGUCGUUGAGGAAAGACUGCGAAAGGCGCUUUUGGUGCUCAAGAAAGAACUAAUCAAUGCCCAACUCCAGAGCAAACUCGCGCGGGACGUUGACAGCAAAAUUGCCAAACGUCAGCGCGAGUACUACCUAAUGGAACAGCUUAAAGGCAUCAAGAAAGAGCUUGGUAUGGAAUCCGACGGCAAGGACAAACUGAUUGAGAAAUUUAAGGAGCGGGCCGCGGCGCUCAAGAUGCCAGAACCUGUUCGGAAGGUCUUCGACGAAGAAUUGAACAAGUUGAUGGGUUUGGAACCCGCAGCUUCGGAGGCGAAUGUAACGCGUAAUUACUUAGAAUGGCUUACUCAGAUACCAUGGGGGCAACACUCUCCCGAGAACUAUUCCAUCGCUCACGCGCAACAAGUCCUAGACGAAGACCACUAUGGGCUAAAAGACGUCAAAGACCGUAUCCUUGAAUUCCUUGCGGUCGGUAAACUUCGCGGAACCGUUGAGGGUAAGAUCAUCUGUCUCGUCGGUCCACCCGGUGUCGGCAAAACGUCGAUCGGGAAGUCGAUCGCACGUGCACUGAAUCGUCAAUUUUUCCGGUUCUCGGUGGGAGGUUUAACGGACGUGGCCGAGAUCAAGGGACACAGGCGGACGUAUGUAGGUGCGUUGCCGGGUAAGAUUAUCCAGGCGUUGAAGAGAGUGGGGACGGAAAACCCGUUGGUGUUGAUUGAUGAAGUGGAUAAGAUUGGGAGAGGGAUUAAUGGUGACCCUGCGAGUGCGUUAUUGGAAAUGUUGGAUCCGGAGCAGAAUAAUGCGUUCUUGGAUCACUACAUGGAUGUGCCUGUCGACCUCUCACGGGUUCUUUUCGUGUGCACCGCCAACAAUCUUGACACCAUACCUGCCCCUCUGCUUGAUAGGAUGGAGGUGUUGGAAGUCAGCGGGUACGUCUCCGAAGAGAAAUCCGUCAUUGCGGACAAGUAUCUCGGACCACAAGCUAAAGAAGCCUCUGGGCUCAAAGAUGCCGAUGUGCUUCUCGAUCCGUCGACCGUGGACGUGUUGAUCAAGUAUUAUUGUCGUGAAAGUGGUGUGCGGAAUCUAAAGAAACACAUUGACAAGAUAUACAGGAAAGCAGCGCUCAAUAUUAUUUUGGAACAUGGAGAGGAAAUGUUCCCUGAACCUCCGGAACCCACGCCUGCGCCUGCAGCUGCCUCCACCGACGAUGUCUCCUCCAACUCUGCAUCGGCAACCACUACCGUCGAAUCCCAGGAACCUUUGUCCAACGAGCCUAAAGAGACAGUAACUUCGGAAGAGGAAACCUCCGCCAGUGGCGCUUCCAAGAACUCCAACUCCGAACUCAAGACUGUCACGACGCAAGAGCGUAAACCGCUUCGCGUGCCGGAGCACAUAACUGUGCGGAUUACGCCGGAGAAUUUGAAGGAAUAUGUGGGUCCGCCUGUCUAUCAUAAGGAUAGGAUGUAUGUCACUCCACCUCCUCCGGGCGUUAGCACUGGUCUUGGAUAUCUGGGUAACGGAUCAGGGGCGGUCAUGCCUGUUGAAGCCACGAGCAUGCCUGGCAAAGGAGGUCUUCAACUCACCGGUAAACUCGGUGAAGUCAUCCGCGAGAGCGCGCAAAUCGGUCUCAGCUGGGUCAAAGCACACGCCUACGAACUUGGAAUUACUAGUAGCUUCGAUGAGCAGUUUUUGACGGAUCGGGACAUUCAUGUGCAUAUGCCUGAGGGAAGUAUUGGGAAGGAAGGGCCGAGUGCUGGUACAGCUAUUGUGUCGGCCUUCGUGUCGUUGUUUACAAAGACAAGGAUUAAUCCUGAUGUUGCCAUGACAGGUGAAAUAUCUCUUGUCGGCCAAGUUCUCCCAGUCGGCGGCCUCAAAGAGAAGAUCCUAGCUGCCCAUCGAGCAGGUAUAACGACGAUCGUCGCACCCGCUGCCAACCGUGCAGACAUCGAAGAAAACGUGCCUGAGAGCGUCAAGACAGGCAUUCGGUUCGUGUACGUCGAGGACGUGCGAGAGGUUCUCUUCGAAGUGUUCCGUGGCGAACCGAUCACGGAGAGGUGGAAGGAUACAUUGUCAGUAUAGGUUCCUCUCUGCCAUCUCCUUUCCAUCGUGAUGCAACUACAACUACUAUCAACUAUUCUUAUCCUAAUCUCAUGGCAAGUUGCACAACUUGCAUUAGAUCUGGUGCCCAUCCCAGGCUAGAUCUCUUGGGAUACAGCAUUAUUACCAGAUAUCAUCGGUCGCCCUGUCGCCCCUCCCUCGUUAGGAGUUCUGAGGCACUUGUGCUCUGUGUACCUGCAGAGCUGCAUAUGGCGGAAUGGGUCGCGCAUGUCCACAUAAUACACCUAGAUCGCACUGCAGGUUUCAUACUUCAUACAAGCCGAUGUAUUACACACAGAUUAUCAGCCCAACUCAUGCAUGC